CUUUCCCGUUUUAUUAAUUUUCUCUAUACCUGGAUAUUUUGUUAUUCAUUCACAUCAUCAAAAUUAUGAUGACAGUAAUCGCAACACGUGUUUUAGCCUUUAAUGAAAUAUAAUGGAUUAUAUAAAGGCAAGCAAAAGGUUACUAUGGCUGGCGAUCCUUACCUGCAUUUUGUCCGUGUUAUCCAUUGGAAUUGGCAUCGGUUUACUAACUAAAAAGGCCGCGUUCCCGUAUGACGUCGGAGGAGGAGUCAUUGCAGGAGUGUUUGGACUUGUCCUGUCCAUAUUUCCACUGUGCAUAUACCGGUACUCCGUCAAUGGCGAGGACCCUAGCUGCUGUGCACUCUUUAUGGCGAUUUAUUAUGUCGUGGGAAUCAUGGCUAUGAUAAUCAGCUUUGGUUUAUCAGGCAUGCAUGCUAUUGUUGUGUGUGUUUCUGAUUCAACUGAAACCACACCAGUUUCAGCAUGCGACAAUCCCCAACACGACACCUUGCUGACUUUAUCCGUUGUUACCCUCAUAUUAACAGUGGCGUUGACUGUUUUAUCUGUGGCAGUUUUUUUGACAUGCUAUUGUAACAGAAUUCAAUUUGGUGUGCCAUUAUAUGCCGGCGAAAGCUUACCAGAUCCUGGAAUCGUAGCUGAGAGAAGGCUAAGGGUGGGGCAAACAGAACAACAGUGGUUAGAGGAUCGACGGAAUGAAAGACUUGAAAGAGAAAGACAGGAAGAAAACCGUGCUGGAACUUUGGACGAAACGGAGACAAAUACGGAAUCAGGUGCUCCUAGUUUUGUAGAUAGUUCUAGUGCUCAGCCUAGUGCCCCUCCAGUAGAACCAAACCGGCUUGCAAACCUUCCGCCUACCUAUGAGGAAGUUAUGGAGAAUGAGGACAAAUAUAAAAAGACAGAUACUCCGAGAAGUUCAAACGUAUAGGCAGAUGGGCCCAGUUUCUCGAAAGUUGUCAAGUACUUACUGUAAUUAAUUCAUGUUUGUCUAAAAUUCUGAUUAAAAUAUAUGUCCCCAUAGACGGAACAAGACGGCACAUAUAUGUCCAGGCAGACUAAUUUAAUUUUUCGGAGUUUUGAGCAUUAUUUUUUGUUAUGCAGCUUGGCUUUUGCUUGUGUUCAUCAAUCGGUAGAAUCAGAGCUACGGCUCUUGAUUUAGUAAAAAACUACUAUAUAGAACGUGCAAUCUUGUGUCGCGCGUAUAUCUAACAUAUUACGAUCCAGAGCCACAAAACAUUACAGGAAUGUAAACCAGCAUGUGAAAUUGUGCACCUGGAGUUGUGUGUGUUGCUUCAAACAUAAGUGCAGAGGUAUGGCCCAUUUUGCGAAAUAUGGCAUAUAGAGCUAUGGGUUACGCUUAUCUCCAAAAAUAUGAGAAUCAUGAAACUUUACAGGCGCGAAGUCAUGCGCCCGGUGUCCUCUAGCAAAACUACAGUUAUGACCUUUGACUUACUUAAAGUUUUCAUAUAAAGCAUGGAAUAUUGUGCCUAGGCCUAAAAAAAUUGUUUGGUUAGGGUUACAUCCUUUUCAAAAAUAGGUAGGGUAGGUAGGCUUUUUAUUUAUUUAUUUUUUUAUUAGGCUUUAUAUAAGAAUAUCAUUUUCAUCAUUGGAGAAUGGUGUUAAAGUUAUCUUCUGUAUAAGCAUUUAAGGUUUAAACUACAUAUUGAAAAGCAAUUAAAAUAAAACGAUUUUUUUUUGUUUUUUUUAGUUUUUCCUUCUUUUUUUCAAACUGACUAUAAAAACGGUAGGGUCGGCGCCUAUUCCGUAUGUAGGGUCGGGUAACCCGAACCAAAUGUAUUUUUUUAGGCCCUACAUAUCUCGAUAGGUUUAUAAUACUGAGUCUUGAAAUUAAAGAGGAAUUUAAAUAACCAGCAGGUGAAGUUUUGCCUCUCGGGUAUUGUGGGUGGUUGUUACUAGCACUGUUAUGGUUUUUUUACAUUAUUGAAAUUAGUUAUUAAUUUAUUAUAUAGUGUUAUACUUGUAAACAAUUUAUUUAAAAUGUAUCAUUUGAGUUAUAAACUUUCUCUAAAAUGCAAGUUUGCUUGUGGUGACAGUCGGUGUGUGAGGUUGUACACCUGGGCUCAAGGCACGAUCACUAUUUCUAAAAUGGUAAUGAUUAUCUCAUAUAUUUAGUUCAAAUAAACUUAAGUGAUACAAGAAGUAAUUCAGGUAUAUUUUGAGGCGAGAGGUUAGGUUAUGCGUUUUAUGCCCCCUCUCUUUCGUUAUGCAACUGGUAAUUUUGAAGGACAUUCAUCGACUAUCAGGGCGGGAAAAAUGGUAAUGGCUCUUUGUAAAAAGGGCGGAUAGUUGGAACAUCAUUGGCAUAUGGACACAUUUCUAGUUUCAUUCAUGUGUAAGAAAAAAGAAUUUAUCCCAACUGGGCGAUCAAAUUUAAAGAAAACACAGGUAAGUAUAACUAAAAAGUUUCGCAUAAGUGCUUAAGUACAUUUUUUGCACUAAAACAAGUGUUUGUAUUGUUUUGGUUUUUCAAAACAUUUUUAACCAAAAAUCUUGAUCAACAAACUAUGAGAGCAGAAGCAGAAGAUUAUGAAAGCGUACAAACGAAUUAUUUUUAGCAAUUUUCAGCUGGAGGUGGUCAAAUGAGUUCAGUUUGUUAUUUAGUGAGUAAGGAAUGGAUAUAUAUGGUUUUGGCGCGGUUGUCCGUCCGUCUGUCUGCUUGUUCGUUACAAAUUUGUGUUGCACGUAUCUUCAAAAGAAUAUUAGCCAGAGUGAUGAAAUGUUAAGCAACACGUGUAGUUGUGCAAAUAUGUCGGUCUUUUUUGUGUAUUUGAGAUGCCGCCAUCUCCUGCUAAUUGCACUGGUGUCACAGUAGGGGCCAGUGGGCCUGUGUAUUCGUUUCUUGGCUCAGGGCCAUUUAUGGUCCAUUUUUUAUAAUGAAACCCCUGAAACUGCACAGCAGGAUACUCAGAUUUUAGAUCUGAUAAAACAA